UGAGGCUCCGUGAGGCUCCGGGCACGUCCACCCUGACUGCAAUGGGAUGCUGCGGUAGCGCGGAGAGGACAAAGAGAGAAUGGAGACCGCUGGAGGACCGGAGCUGCACGGACCUGCCCUGGUUCCUGCUCUUCACCGUCUUCUGCGUCGGCAUGGGCAGCAUCUGCGGCUUCACCAUCGUCACCGGCGGCGCCGCUCGCCUCGUCUUUGGAUAUGACAGCUACGGCAACACCUGCGGUCAACGCAACGAACAGAUCGAAGGCGUCAGGCUCAGUGGCCUCGACCACACCGACAGGAAGUUUGUCUUCUUCCUGGAUCCCUGUAACAUCGACAUCGUUCAGAGGAAAAUCAAGUCCAUGGCUCUUUGUGUGUCUCUGUGUCCCACCGAGGAGCUGAAGACCUACCAGGACCUGAAGAGGUUCGCCAUGCUCAACGGUUCUGAGCUGUGUUCCUACGAGUUGGCAGGUCAUAAAUAUCCAGGUCUACCUGAGAGGUUCUCCAAGUGUCCCAAACUUCCUGUCCCACCCAGUAAGCCGUUGCCGGUGUUUAACCGCUGCACUCCGGUGGAUGUUUCCUGUUAUGCGAAGUUUGCCGAGGCCGUGGUGACGUUCGUGGGCGACAACAGCGUCCUGCACCGACUGAUCGCCGGCGUCGCCGCCAGUAAAGAGAUCAUCGUGGGGCUGUGUGUGCUCGCUCUGGUCCUCUCCAUGAUCCUCAUGGUGAUCAUUCGGUACAUCUCCGCCGUCCUCGUCUGGAUCCUCACCUCGCUGGUCGUCCUCGGAUCCCUGGCGGGGACCAGCGUCCUCUGGUGGCUCUACAUCGACCACCGGCUCUACGGGAACGACACCUCCUCUAAGGUGGCGAAGGAGGUGAAGGAGGAGGUGGACGUCAGCAGAGACAGCGGACAGGCGCUGCUCGUCUACGCCGUCGCCGCCACCGUCUUCACUAUCAUCCUGCUGCUGCUGAUGCUGUUCAUGAGGAAGCGAGUGGCUCUGACCAUCGCUCUGUUCCACGUGGCGGGAAAAGUCUUCAUCCACCUCCCCCUCCUCACCCUGCAGCCCUUCGUCACCUUCCUCGCCCUCCUGCUCUUCUGGAUCUACUGGAUCCUGGUCCUGCUCUUCCUGGGAACCACUGGAAACCCGGUCCAGAAUGAGGAGACGGGACUGACGGAGUUCAGACUGACGGGUCCUCUUCAGUACCUGACCUGGUACCACGCUGUGGGUCUGGUCUGGAUCAGUGAGUUUAUCCUGGCCUGUCAGCAGAUGACUGUGGCCGGAGCCGUGGUCACAUACUACUUCACCAGGGACAAGAACCGGCUCCCGGUGACCCCGAUCCUGUCCUCAGUCCUGAGGCUGGUCCGGUAUCACCUGGGCACCGUCGCUAAAGGAUCCUUCAUCAUCACUCUGGUCAAGAUCCCCAGACUCAUCCUCAUGUACGUCCACAACCAGCUCAAAGGAAAGGAGAACGCGUGUGCUCGCUGUCUGCUGAAAACUUGUAUCUGCUGUCUGUGGUGUUUGGAGAAGUGCCUCAACUAUCUCAAUCAGAAUGCAUAUGCAGCCACAGCCAUCAACAGCACCAGUUUCUGCACGUCUGCGCGCGACGCCUUCGUGAUCCUGGUGGAAAAUGCUCUGCGCGUCGCCACAAUCAACGCCAUCGGAGACUUCGUGCUCUUCCUGGGGAAGAUCCUGAUCGUGACGACGACGGCGUUCGCCGGCGUCCUCCUCCUGAACUACCAGCGGGACUACGCCGAGUGGCUGCUGCCGCUCAUCAUCGUGUGUCUCUUCUCCUUCCUGGUGGCUCACUGCUUCCUGUCCAUCUUUGAGAUCGUGGUGGACGUCCUCUUCCUCUGCUUCGCCAUCGACACCAAGUACAACGACGGCACUCCGGGGAAGGAGUUCUUCAUGGACAAAGCUCUGAUGGAGUUCGUCGAGAGCAGCCGGCGGUUGGAGCGAGCAGUGGAGCGUGGGCGGAGCCGGGUGAAGGAGGCGGUGUCGGAGGGGGCGGAGAUGAAGCCCAUGGCUCCGGGGACGAGUUCAGCUUGACCAAAAUCAGCCAAUGGGACUUCUUAAAAAAAAAAAGAGACAUUCCAAAUGUUUAUUUUUACCAACGUGUAACAUGUUUACUAUGGUUUCACUCCAGGGAAAACGAUAUUUUAAUAAGAAACUGUAAAAACGUAACAAUGUAAUGAAGCACUUUAUAUUGAAGCGCUGCAGAUUUUAAACCGGCUGAUGCAUCUUUUCGUAGUGAUGUCGUUUUUUAUAACUGAACUCAUCGCUCACUCUUCAGUUCUAACUUCAGCCAAGACACUUUUCUGUUGUCAUGGAGACGACCUGCGGCUCACUGACACACCCGGACUCGCCCGGACUCCGCGUUGGAUCUCGGUCAGCAGAGGGGGCGGAGUCUGUGCACAGAUGGAACAGCAGCCAUACAGCUCCACGUCUGGUUGGUGGAUGAGAUUGGAGGUCAAAGGUCAGCUGAACAGGUUUUGAU